AUGUACAAAGUACGCUGGAAAGGUUUCACAGAGAACGAAGAUACCUGGGAGCCAUACAGUAGCCUGACCGAACCAUGUGAUCGCUUAAUUAUGGACUACGAAAUGAGCCAGGCCGCGCAGGAAUGUGGUGGUGCUGCGGAUCAGCCCCUACCAUGUAUCGUUUUUUUUUUGAUUCGCGAAAUCAUUGUGGCAAAGGUACCACUGCUUUUGCCACAUCCCUCACUGUAUUCAUAA